AUGGAUCAACCAGUCAACAGUAAUCAGGCAGUCGACAACGAUCAAGCAGUCGACAAUAACCAAGCGGUCGACAACAAUCAACCAGUCAACAACAAUCAACAGGUCGACAACAAUCAACAAGUCGAAAACAAUCAACAAGUCGACAAUAAUCAACCGGUCAAUAGCAAUCAACCUGGUCCUCCAGCCCCAAUGAACCAUCGUCCUCGUCUCGCUCGACGAAAUGCCGAGGAACAUGUUCCUCUUACAUUCCGAGCUCAAAGAGCCCGUUAUCACGCUAUGAUUAUGGCUGAAAGACCGAUCGAGUAUCCUACAAUGGCUGCGAGAAAUGUUUCUCACAUUGGCGCUGCCCAGGUCACUGGAGAUGCUCAGAGUGUUAGUAGUGCUCAAGCUACUGCUGGCGGUGUUCAAACUGUUGGCAGUGCUCCAGCUGCUGGCAAUAACCAAAUUGUUCAAGCCACUCAAACUGUUGAGAUCACCGUUCACCCUGCUAGAGUUGCCUUGAAUUCUUUGACAGUCAACACCGUCACUACAACAUCCUCUGCAAGCACUAUCUUAAGUUCUACAUUUAUGAAUGUUCGAGUCUUUGAUGCUUCGAGUACUUCAUCUUCCUCUACAGGUGGCAGUUCUGUCGCCACGUACGGAAGCUCUAAUGAGCAUGACGGAAGCCAGGAAGGAGCGAAUGACUAUGUAGUUGUUGAUCAGGUCACCGGAUCAUCUUCAAAUGGUGAUAUGAACAGCGCCGUCACCCGUGAUCAAUAA